AAGUAUCGUCUUUUUUAACCUUGCCGUUCCCCUGUAGAUGGAUUAGGAUGUGAAACGAUCGUGUGUUUUUUACCUUAUGUUCAUCACUAAGCCGCAAAUAUGCAGCCGCUGAUCGCCAUUGGUCGCCUGUUUUGUGUUUUCGUCCGUCGUCCGUGUGAAAACGGGCAUUUUUUUGCACAGAUAAGAAACAUCCACCCGGCAGCAGGACCGUUUUGUGAGGCUCAGUCAAGGUCAGUGAUGCUUCACCAUCAGGACCAAUCUCUGAACUCGGCCUAUGGAGGCAAGGUAGGCUCCAACAAUGGCUCCUCCUCCUCGCUGAGAAACAGGAAGUGUGACAAAGAUGGCAACUUCAACUUCCUGUCAGGCAAAGAUAACGAGGGCUUUAUGGGCAACGAAGGAGGAGACGAGAACCAAAACCAGGUGCGCCCCCGCAACUUGGGCCCGCUGGGUCGCGACCCUCCUAACUCCUCCUCAUCUUCUGGGUAUCACCACAACUCAGGGGUCCUGUCACCGCGCUCCCGCAUGCCCUGCUGGAGCCCCCUGGAGCCUCUGCCUGAAAUUGAGCACGGGGAUGACGGUUACGGCCGAGUGCCUCCCGAUGGAGCGGAGGAAGGUAGGAUGCAGGAAGAGGACAGAAGGGUGAUGAUGAGCCAGAAUGAGGAGAAGCAGAGAGAGAAAAGGGAGCUGCAAAAGAGGAAAAGCAGCUUGGGUUUCAGAGGAAUGGAGAAAGAGGAAGACAAGGCAGAGCUGGAGGACGAUGAUGAAUGGGGCGACAGCGACUCUGAGGAUGAGUUCAGCUGCCGGUCUGGCGGCAGCAUGUCCUCCUUCAACAUGGACAGUGGAGGCGAAGGGAUGCUCAUGGGAGGCUGGGACCGGAUCGGAGUUGGGGAACCAAAAUCCAACCACCAGGAAAAUGACCCAACCAGAAAUGGAACUAGAGAACCAACUGGGAAACACAAAAGCUUCAGUCACAAGUCGCUGACAGGAAGCAACCUGGGAAAUGUUCUCGAGGAAGGAGCAGAAGAGCAAGACGAAAACGACCAGUCUUCAGACUCGGACGGCGAGAUGCCAGAGCUGAUGGAUGCGGUGUGGACGCUGCGAGACCGCGAGCGCUUCAAGGCCCAGGAGAUGGAGAAACACCAGGUGCAGCUGACCAUGUACCGCCGCCUGGCACUGAUCCGCUGGGUCCGGACCCUGCAGAGCCGCAUCCAGGAGCAGCAGAACCGCCUGCAGUCUAGCUUUGACGUCAUCCUCACACAGAGGAAGGAAUUGCUGCGCAUGGGCGCCGCUGCUGCCGUGGCCAACGCCGCGCCCGCUACUGUUGUCAGCCAGUCAUGAAAAGAGAGAGAGAGAUGGGAGGAACUGAAACAGGAAGAGGUUAAAGAUGUUUCUGUUCCUUUUGCUUCUAUGCUGAAGACUUUUCCCCUGGGG